AUGCUCAUCAGCCUUUUUACUGUCAACUUCUUUGUAUCAAGCGCAUGGUCAAGAGUUGCCAUGGCGGGAAAUCUGACCACCCCAACUUCGUGGAAGGGCGUGACAUUGAAUCUCAGCCGUAGUUCGUGUGAAGAGCUCGCAGGAGCCGCAGCUAUGGCUCUCGUUCAAGAAGCAGAUCCCAGCACCCCGAAUUCAGAUCUUCCUUACGACGACUUCCAUAUCAGUUCCUUCGCUGUUCUUGCUCUACAAGAUUACUAUAGCGGCAAUACCACAUGGGGCAACACGGUCACUAAUGGCAUUCAAGCCUUCACCAAGCGACUAUCCGAUGGGCUCUAUGGUACUUCCCCAAGGGUCAAUAGUGAGGCCCUUUACUGGGGGCUUGCUUACUUCUAUGCAUAUCGGACGUAUAACCAGUCAUGGCUGCUUGACUCAGCUAUAUCAGCUUACAACAAGACUUACGCCACGUCGUUUAUCGAUGAUACUGUAGCAUCCAGCGGUAGUGGCGCUGGACGCAACAUUUCGUUCCGCCCGCCUCCAGGCUGUACCAAUUGGACCAUUGCCGGAGGUGUAUUCUGGAACUUGGAUACCUUGAAUAACACCACAAUAAACUCCGAGACGGUCUCCCCGUUCAUGGCGCUUUCUUCCUACCUAUACGAGGAGACGGGGGACCCAUUCUACGCGCAAACCACUCAAAUGUCACUAGAGUUCAUUAUCCAUCACUUGUGGAACGGGACGGUCGUUCACGACUCGUUCUUUCCAAAUACGUGUACAUUGGACGACACCAUCUUCUUAACGUACAACCAAGCUUGGUUUGUGGAAGGCCUCUCUGUGUGGGCAAACAUCACGAGAAACGACACGUUGACAUCGUUCCUAACCUCAGUCGUGUCAAGUGUCACAACAUUUCCGGGUUGGACAUUGUCUAGUGGCGUCAUCGACGAGACGGGUAGUAAUUCUGACGAUAGCGCGAUACUCAAGGGCAUCUUCAUACGGGGGCUGGCGGAAGCUCGGGCACGCAAUCCCGAUACAGACCUUGCUAAGUACAUCGAAGCAUAUAUCUUGGUUCAGUUCAAUUCUCUCUUGGAGAACUCUCGAGCGCCAGCACCGAACAACAGUUUCUAUGGCACAUCAUGGUUUACUUCGCGUCCACAGUCAUUCAUCGCUGCUGGGAAUAUUGCCGCCUUGGACGUUCUAAACGCCGCAUUCAGCUUCGCCACACCUACAAGUGACUCGCCUACUGCAAGUAGUCCAUCCAUGUCUACGUCAAGCUCCAUGGCGACUUCUACGGGCAGCGAUUCGAACACGGGCGCCAUCGCGGGUGGUGUGGUGGGAUCCGCCGCCGUGACUCUCGCCGUCAUUGUAGGGCUUUUCUUGUAUCGGCGUCGGAGCCGAGCAAAGAGGAUUGGAUUAUCCUUUGGCGGACCUUUUACGGGCAAUUCUGGUGUCAUGGUCGAAGACGAAAACACCGUGCAGCCGUUCGUUCUUCCCGCAUCACCCUCGCGCCUAUCUAAGUGGCAGCGUUUCAAUUCUCCCCGCGUUGAUCGAGAAGCGCUUACAGCAAGCUCACCUGGGGACGCUCCAUUGCAUGACAGUGGGGAUGCGCACAACACCACGUCUGGCCGUGAACCCCGAUCCACUGAGGGCGACGUCCGCGAUCGAAGAGCCAUGUCCGAGUCGACGGACCAUGACAUCGCUGAGUUGCCCACCCUGGUUCGCCGCUUGAAUACCCUACUGCAAGGUCGCGGGGGUGAAUUGCCACCGGAGUACGAAGGUUAG